CUGUAUUCUUUAACAUGCCUCAUUAUGAACUAACAUCCUGAUAAUUGUGUUCUUCAGAGGAGAUACAGAUAGAGAAUACCCUAAUCAAGGUUUGGUGUCCCAACUGGAUUAAUCUCUAUUUGCUCUACCUAACAUUUUUCUACAUUUUCUCAUCCUGGAAACUCUUCUUCUGUUUCUUUUCUCAUUUCCUUCUUAUUUUUUUAACUUAAGGUUUCAUCCAUUUUGUUCAGCAGUCAUAAUAAUAUUGCACUUAGAUUAUUGCUUAGCUGUAAAGUAGUUGUAAGGUCAAAGAUCUCUGAUGUUGAACAGCGUUGAAAACUGCAUUCAUGGCAAAGUGUUCCAAAGAAAAGUUUUCCUUUGACAAAUAAUAAAUAAUUAUGAAACCUAGUACAAAGAUGGAUAAAUAGUUCCAGGAAAUUAACACAUAGCUAUGAAUAAAUUUAAGUAGUAUAUAAAUAGGUAAAUCACAUAUGUUCUAUAUAUCAGAAGUGUAGAUGUGAGAAAUCAACAAGUUUACUACCAAAAAUGUUGAAUAUUAAUUGACACAGGCUAGAGGGAAAAGUUCAAAACCCAUGCUCACUUAUCUCUUAUAUAAACUGCUUACAAUCUCUGCCUCAUAAUUACAGGAGUCUUUAAGUUCAACUGUCAGGAUUGCUUAGGUUUCUGCCUUCCUCUCAGAAUGGUGGAUUGCAUGUUUUUACUGACUCGAAUUCUGUUCAUCUGCUGCUGUUUUCUAACUGUAUGCUGCAUACAACCCAAUUGUACAUCUGUGGCCAACUUUGAUGACUGUCCUGGAAAUGUAACAGACUUCUGUCCAGAGAAUAUUGUUUGUGCAUGCAAAGAUGGGGAGCCUUUUUGCAAAUGUCCAUAUUUUAGAGGCCAGUGGGGAAACUACUGGUACAUGGGAGCCAAAUGUGACCAACUCUGGAGUACACUGGACCUGAUUUUAGUAGCAACAUUGCCUGGAGUAGGAUUGGCUUUAAUAUUGGGUGUAACAAUCCAGAUGAUCCGCUACUGUAAAAAGUCAAAGGAGUACACAGAUGAUCACUGCAGAGAACAGAGGAUUUCUUCAGACUAUCAACCUCAGCACCGUUCUGCACGUGCUUUUGGUGAUGAUAGGAGGCCUCCUCAACCUGAUCAAGACCAGUGUCCUGGGAGCUCGUCCAGGCAGGGGAUCCUUCCUGGAAUUCCGGCACAUCCAUCAUCACAAUUCCUUGAAAGAAAUUACAAUAGCUUUCCGAUUUACGAGAACAAAGAGAACAAUCUUUACAACUAUAUACCUCAUAAUUGGGACAGCUUUUGGGGAACAACUAAACCUGAAGUAAAUUAUGGAAACAAGCAUUCUUCAAAUGUACACAUGAAGCCACUAUUCGAUCCCACUCCAGGAAUUCCAAAAUCAAGCUAUAAUCAACGAGAAAGACAACUUACUGAAUAUUUAAAUCCUGAAGAGCCAGAAAUGCCUCACAGAAUAGGACGUGCCCAGAUGAAAAUGAACUACUAAGAUCUCAUCAGAUAAAAAAAUGGUGAAGCUGUUACAGGCUGCCCACUGUCUUUGCCUCAUGGUCUCUUCAUCUAUCUUCAAAGCUGGCAACAAUAGCUUAAGUCUAUCUCAUAUUUCAUCACAGCAAAUUCCUCUUUUGUGCCUAUCUUCAACUUUUAAGAAUUUCACAGUGCCCAAUCAGACACUCAAGGAAAAUCUCACUAUUUUGAGGUGUGUUCAUUCACAUUAAUUUCAUCUGGAACUUUAAUUCUCUUUUAUAUUUAAAGUAACACAAGUUUCAGUGAAUAAACUCGGCCUGUUUGAGGAAAGUGAGUUAUUUUAAUUAACACAUCAUUAAAGUUUGCAAUUUGAAAGCCAUCAUUUAUGCCUUAAUAUCUUAAGUACCUUGUCAGCAGUAUAGUUGUGUGGAAGAAAGGAAAAAAAAUGAUUGCAAGUUCUUUAUUAGAAAGGUUUAGUUAACGAUUACUUUUUUACUAGAAAGUUUGCUGCUAGUCCAAGUUCUCAAGAAUAACAUCUUUCCCAAAUGAGUGACACCACAUGGAAUUUAAGCUUGCGUGUCUGGGGGUCUGGGGAUAUAGCUCAAUGGCACAAGCCCCUGCCUGGUAAGUGUGAGGUUGUGAGAUUAAUGCCCGAUACCAAAAGAAAAAAAUGCCAGUAAGAUUGUGUGUCUGAUUUAUUUCACUCAGCAUAUUUUUGAGGUACAUCGAUUUCCCUACAAAUGUCUCAAAGUUAUCCUUCUUUAAAACUGAGAUAUAUUCCAUUAUAUAACUGAUACCAUAUAUUCUGAGUACAAACAAAAGUAAAAUAAGGGAUGGAUACAAGGAAACAAGGAAACAUAUUUUACAAAUGGGAAAUAUCUAAAAGACUAAGAAUGAAGUGAGAGAAGGAAGAUCACUGGAAAUAAAAAUAUUUAAGACAUGUCAUUACAGGUCUCAAAUACCCACAAUGAAUGUAAAAAUUAUAUUUAAUAAACAUAAGCUAAGAAGAAUAAUAACAAUGAGAAUGAAAAUAAGGAAAGGGGAUUUAGAGAUGGAAAUCCUUCUGCAUAGCUUCUCGAAGGAUAGGAUUACAGACAUGUGUGACCAUGCCCAGCUCUCUGAAAGAAUUCUUGAGUCAUUGGAGAAUUCUAUGAAAGUCACAUAGUUUAUAAAAUAAGCAGAUUUCAGGUUGCUGACAGUUAUCUCUACUCAUACUGACAGUCAUAUAGGUCUAGACCUUGGGUGGUAGUGUUUCUGUAUGUGUUUAAUGCAUUACCGUAGCAGGCUUGAGCCAGCUCCUAUACAUUGAAGAAAGAAUGCAUAUUCAGUGUUCAGUGCAUUGUUCUCUUGAUGCUGAGACUAUCCUAAGAACAAAGUCUGGGUGGAUAGAGAUGUGUCUGUCCAUAAAGAAUGAUUCUCAAGUUGUCAGAGGUAUUUGCUAUAAAUGCUGGUAUCAGAAUAGGGAAAGACUCAGAAUAGAGGAAAUGUAUUUGGGUAGAAAAAGGAUGAGAAAGGAUUGUAACUCUCUGCCUAGACUCAGAAACUCCUAACAUUUUCUAUAACUCCAAAACACUGGCCACCAUGAUAUAUUGAGGAAAUGGGUACCUGCACUAUUAGUUUGGGGCUAGAAAAAAAAUGAAUAUAAAAUGGUAAAACUGAAAUCUUAAGAUUGAGUGAGGACUCCAGCACCUGACUCCUUGAAGACAAAAUAACGGGCUGGAAGAAUCUCAGUGGGGCAGAAGGAUGGAAUAGAACUGCAUGAAAUUUGAAUAUGAUGUCAGACAAAAUGUUCAGCUGCUUUGGAGAGAAGUUCUAGAGCUGAAUUUCCCUUGCAGGAAACAAUGGAACCAGGGUAUCUGUCACCCUGUAUUAGUGGCAAAAUGCCCAAUACCCACUCCUUACAGGAGAAGUUUAUGUUGACUCAGCUACAAUGAGUUCAGUCCAUAGUUGACUGAUUUCAAACCAGAAAGAGCAUGAUGGAAGGGACACCUGGAGAAAAACUGCUCAUAUGGUGACUGAGAGGCAGAGAAAGGAGAACCUGGGGAUAAGAAUACACAUUUGGAUCAUGCAUCAUGUGCCUAGUAACCAGGUCCUAUCUGGAACAGUAAAGUUAACUAUGAACCCAUUGAUGGACUAAUCCACUGACAGGUAUAGUGUCACCAUGUUUCAAUAACCUUCCAAAAGCAUCACCUUUGAACAAGAGGUUUUUGUACAUUUUAUGUUUGAAAAAAUCACACCCCUAAUUCAAACACUGAUUCUGUGUGCCUAUCCUCCCUCCAAUCUACUCAGAGGCAUUCAGAAUAAUCAUAGCAAUACACAGACACUGGCCAUCUACACCUACAAAUAUGUAGUCUUGAAAUGGAUAGACUUCAAAACAUACUCAGAACCUUCCCAAGGAAAAUGAGACAAUUUUCUGGUGCCUCAUUACUAAAUACUGAAGACACUGAAUCAGUAGUUGGGAGCUGAUCUGACCAUCGGUGGACUUACUCCAUUACUCAUCAACAGUCACAGAAAGGUAGAGGUAGGCAUGUUCCCUGAUCAAAAUGGCAUCUCUUACUGGGAUAGUGGUGGAGAUCUUUAGGCUAAAA